GCAAUUCUUUCAACAACAGCCUAGCCAACUUUACCGCCAGAGUCCCAUAAUCCUCCACUGAAGAAAACAUCCAUGUAGACGCAGAUGACGUGUCUGCUCGCUGCAGGAAAAGUAUCUAGGUUAGGUAGCUACGAAGGCAGACAGAUACCAGCUAGUUAACGUUAGCUACCUUAUGUCAACUGUCCUAUCUAGUGAAUUCAAAUGCCAGCUAACCUGUCACCCCCUGUGUAGACAGAUAUUAACGUUACCCCAAGAAACGUUUAGCCUGCUAGGUUCGUCGAGAGAAGAGGAAAAUGUUUUCCCUGCACAGAGCGAGAGGCUCUGUUUUGGUGAUCUUCCUUCUGUUACACAGCGCUACAAGUUUCUAUCUUCCAGGUCUGGCCCCUGUUAGUUUUUGUGAACCAGGACAAGCUGGGAAAGAGAAUGAAGUACCGGACUGUAAGUCGACCAUUGAGAUAUUUGUGAACAGACUGGAUUCUGUGGAGUCUGUCUUGCCCUAUGAAUACACUGCGUAAGUACAUCAGGAACAACAAUGUCUUAUGGGUCUUCUACAUUUCUCAGUCUUGCUGCGGAAGGCUGUGGGUUCGGUGCUUUUGGACAGUGUUCUUAUUGUGUAGAUGCACACUUAGUGUACGGGGAGAUAUAGAGUGCAUUCCAAAUGACUCCCUAUACAGUGCACUACUUUUGACCAGCGACCUAUGGGCCCUGGUCAAAAGUAGUGCAUUGUGUAAGGAAUAGGGUGACAUUUGGGAUACAGAUAUGUGUUAGGAACAUGGUGAAGUCAGCCAGGUAUGACUAGGCGCACUAAUACUGUCUGAUAAACUAGAGCAUCUCUCUGUCACCAUCCUCUCUGACUCUUUCUCCUCUCUGUCACACACGAUCCUCUCUGACUUUCUCCUCUGACUCUUUCUCCUCUCACUCACCAUCCUCUCUUACUCUUUCUCCUCUCUGUCACACACGAUCCUCUCUGACUUUCUCCUCUGACUUUCUCCUCUCACUCACCAUCCUCUCCUACUCUUUCUCCCCUCUGUCACACACGAUCCUCUCUGACUUUCUCCUCUGACUUUCUCCUCUCACUCACCAUCCUCUCCUACUCUUUCUCCUCUCUGUCACACACGAUCCUCUCUGACUUUCUCCUCUCACUCAACAUCAUCUCCUACUCUUUCUCCCCUCUGUCACACACGAUCCUUUCUGACUUUCCCCUCUCACUCACCAUCCUCUCCUACUCUUUCUCCCCUCUGUUACACACGAUCCUCUCUGACUUUCUCCUCUCACUCACCAUCCUCUCCUACUCUUUCUCACCUGUCUCUCACGCUCUGAUUCUUUCUCCCGCUCUGUCACUAUAGCAGCACCAGCGAUAUCCAACUGUGACUGGAAUUCUGAGGUCCAUAGACGAUGUUAAUAAUACUCUAUUGCAGUGCUUGUCUUGGACAGGAACUCACCGGAGCUGAGUACCGGCACCUCAACUUUUAUUUACUGCUUGAGUUCCUGCACCUCUUCUAGAAUAUUAGCUCAACAGUAUGGUGGAGCUCCUGCACCUAAAUACAAACAGUACCGGCACUCAUAUCAGUCCAAGUCAACCACUGUUCUGUUACAGUAGUUUUGCUUCAACAAAAUGGCUGCCUAAUGUUUAAGAUUAGCGGAAUCAUGUUUUAGAGAAAUAGUCAAUAGAAGAUAUAGAUAUUGGCUUAAGUCAAAGAAACAGGCCACUUAAACCCAGUUUCAGUCCUUACUCUGGAUCUGAAAACUCCAACGGCAUUAAAUCAAAGAUGGGAUACAUUGAUAACGACAGCUACUUAGGGUUAUUAUGUGACAUCUGAAUGACUUUAUUUAUUAUUAACCUGAGUUAAAUGUGAUACUAGAGGCCUCAACAUGCUCAGCCACAGGAGCUGUUCUGUCACGCCGUUAGAGGACACUAAUGUCCCUGUUCCACUGAGGGGUUGUGGAGAGGGUCAGGGGACUGUAAUUGAAGUGGUGUUAAGUGUGCGUGAAAAAUGUGGCCUUUAUGUUAGUUUGCUGUGUGACUGAGAGUUGAAAUAGAAUUCUGGGUGUCAGAGAAAAAGUAACAGCAGCAGAUGGUUUAAAAAGGAAGACGAUAUGCUACAGUUUGUGAACUGAAGUAGAAAUCAUAUGAUGUGUUAACAUUUCUGUCUUGUUGUUAUGGGAACUCUCAGGACAUGUUCAUCUUGUUGUGGGAUGUCUUGUUGUUAUGGGAACUCUCAGGACAUGUUCAUCUUGUUGUGGGCUGUCUUGUUGUUAUGGGAACUCUCAGGGCAUGUUCAUCUUGUUAUGGGAUGUCUUGUUGUUAUGGGAACUCUCAGGACAUGUUCAUCUUGUUAUGGGCUGUCUUGUUGUUAUGGGAACUCUCAGGGCAUGUUCAUCUUGUUAUGGGAUGUCUUGUUGUUAUGGGAACUCUCAGGACAUGUUCAUCUUGUUAUGGGCUGGCUUGUUGUUAUGGGAACUCUCAGGGCAUGUUCAUCUUGUUAUGGGAUGUCUUGUUGUUAUGGGAACUCUCAGGACAUGUUCAUCUUGUUAUGGGCUGGCUUGUUGUUAUGGGAACUCUCAGGGCAUGUUCAUCUUGUUGUUAUGGGAACUCUCAGGGCAUGUUCAUCUUGUUAUGGGAUGUCUUGUUGUUAUGGGAACUCUCAGGACAUGUUCAUCUUGUUAUGGGAUGUCUUGUUGUUAUGGGAACUCUCAGGGCAUGUUCAUCUUGUUGUUAUGGAAACUCUCAGGGCAUGUUCAUCUUGUUAUGGGAUGUCUUGUUGUUAUGGGAACUCUCAGGGCAGGUUCAUCUUGUUAUGGGCUGUCUUGUUGUUAUGGGAACUCUCAGGGCAUGUUCAUCUUGUUAUGGGAUGUCUUGUUGUUAUGGGAACUCUCAGGACAUGUUCAUCUUGUUAUGGGAUGUCUUGUUGUUAUGGGAACUCUCAGGACAUGUUCAUCUUGUUGUUAUGGGAACUCUCAGGGCAUGUUCAUCUUGUUGUUAUGGGAACUCUCAGGGCAUGUUCAUCUUGUUGUUAUGGGAACUCUCAGGGCAUGUCAUCUUGUUGUUAUGGGAACUCUCAGGGCAUGUUCAUCUUGUUAUGGGAACUCUCAGGACAUGUUCAUCUUGUUAUGGGCUGUCUUGUUGUUAUGGGAACUCUCAGGGCAUGUUCAUCUUGUUAUGGGCUGGCUUGUUGUUAUGGGAACUCUCAGGGCAUGUUCAUCUUGUUAUGGGCUGGCUUGUUGUUAUGGGAACUCUCAGGGCAUGUUCAUCUUGUUGUUAUGGGAACUCUCAGGGCAUGUUCAUCUUGUUAUGGGCUGUCUUGUUGUUAUGGGAACUCUCAGGGCAUGUUCAUCUUGUUAUGGGCUGGCUUGUUGUUAUGGGAACACUCAGGGCAUGUUCAUCUUGUUAUGGGCUGUCUUGUUGUUGUGGGAACUCUCAGGGCAUGUUCAUCUUGUUGUUAUGGGAACUCUCAGGGCAUGUUCAUCUUGUUGUUAUGGGAACUCUCAGGGCAUGUUCAUCUUGUUGUUAUGGGAACUCUCAGGACAUGUUCAUCUUGUUACGGGCUGGCUUGUUGUUAUGGGAACUCUCAGGGCAUGUUCAUCUUGUUGUUAUGGGAACUCUCAGGGCAUGUUCAUCUUGUUGUUAUGGGAACUCUCAGGGCAUGUUCAUCUUGUUGUUAUGGGAACUCUCAGGGCAUGUUCAUCUUGUUGUUAUGGGAACUCUCAGGGCAUGUUCAUCUUGUUGUUAUGGGAACUCUCAGGGCAUGUUCAUCUUGUUGUUAUGGGAACUCUCAGGGCAUGUUCAUCUUGUUGUUAUGGGAACUCUCAGGGCAUGUUCAUCUUGUUGUUAUGGGAACUCUCAGGGCAUGUUCAUCUUGUUGUUAUGGGAACUCUCAGGGCAUGUUCAUCUUGUUAUGGGCUGGCUUGUUGUUAUGGGAACUCUCAGGACAUGUUCAUCUUGUUAUGGGCUGGCUUGUUGUUAUGGGAACUCUCAGGGCAUGUUCAUCUUGUUGUGGGCUGGCUUGUUGUUAUGGGAACUCUCAGGGCAUGUUCAUCUUGUUGUUAUGGGAACUCUCAGGGCAUGUUCAUCUUGUUGUGGGCUGGCUUGUUGUUAUGGGAACUCUCAGGGCAUGUUCAUCUUGUUGUUAUGGGAACUCUCAGGACAUGUUCAUCUUGUUGUUAUGGGCUGGCUUGUUGUUAUGGGAACUCUCAGGACAUGUUCAUCUUGUUGUUAUGGGCUGGCUUGUUGUUAUGGGAACUCUCAGGACAUGUUCAUCUUGUUGUUAUGGGAUGUCUUGUUGUUAUGGGAACUCUCAGGACAUGUUCAUCUUGUUGUUAUGGGCUGGCUUGUUGUUAUGGGAACUCUCAGGACAUGUUCAUCUUGUUGUUAUGGGCUGGCUUGUUGUUUUGGGAACUCUCAGGGCAUGUUCAUCUUGUUGUUAUGGGAACUCUCAGGACAUGUUCAUCUUGUUGUUGUGGGAACUCUCAGGACAUGUUCAUCUUGUUGUGGGCUGGCUUGUUGUUAUGGGAACUCUCAGGGCAUGUUCAUCUUGUUGUUGUGGGAACUCUCAGGGCAUGUUCAUCUUGUUGUUAUGGGAACUCUCAGGGCAUGUUCAUCUUGUUGUUAUGGGAUGUCUUGUUGUUAUGGGAACUCUCAGGGCAUGUUCAUCUUGUUAUGGGCUGGCUUGUUGUUAUGGGAACUCUCAGGGCAUGUUCAUCUUGUUAUGGGCUGGCUUGUUGUUAUGGGAACUCUCAGGACAUGUUCAUCUUGUUGUUGUGGGAACUCUCAGGACAUGUUCAUCUUGUUGUGGGCUGGCUUGUUGUUAUGGGAACUCUCAGGGCAUGUUCAUCUUGUUAUGGGCUGGCUUGUUGUUAUGGGAACUCUCAGGACAUGUUCAUCUUGUUAUGGGCUGGCUUGUUGUUAUGGGAACUCUCAGGACAUGUUCAUCUUGUUGUUGUGGGAACUCUCAGGGCAUGUUCAUCUUGUUGUGGGCUGGCUUGUUGUUAUGGGAACUCUCAGGGCAUGUUCAUCUUGUUAUGGGCUGGCUUGUUGUUAUGGGAACUCUCAGGGCAUGUUCAUCUUGUUGUUGUGGGAACUCUCAGGACAUGUUCAUCUUGUUGUGGGCUGGCUUGUUGUUAUGGGAACUCUCAGGGCAUGUUCAUCUUGUUAUGGGCUGGCUUGUUGUUAUGGGAACUCUCAGGGCAUGUUCAUCUUGUUAUGGGCUGGCUUGUUGUUAUGGGAACUCUCAGGACAUGUUCAUCUUGUUAUGAGCUGUCUUGUUGUUAUGGGAACUCUCAGGGCAUGUUCAUCUUGUUGUUAUGGGAACUCUCAGGGCAUGUUCAUCUUGUUGUUAUGGGAACUCUCAGGACAUGUUCAUCUUGUUGUUAUGGGAACUCUCAGGGCAUGUUCAUCUUGUUAUGGGCUGGCUUGUUGUUAUGGGAACUCUCAGGGCAUGUUCAUCUUGUUGUUGUGGGAACUCUCAGGGCAUGUUCAUCUUGUUAUGAGCUGUCUUGUUGUUAUGGGAACUCUCAGGGCAUGUUCAUCUUGUUGUUUUGGGAACUCUCAGGGCAUGUUCAUCUUGUUGUGGGAACUCUCAGGGCAUGUUCAUCUUGUUAUGGGCUGUCUUGUUGUUAUGGGAACUCUCAGGGCAUGUUCAUCUUGUUGUUAUGGGAACUCUCAGGGCAUGUUCAUCUUGUUGUUAUGGGAACUCUCAGGGCAUGUUCAUCUUGUUGUUAUGGGAACUCUCAGGGCAUGUUCAUCUUGUUAUGGGCUGUCUUGUUGUUAUGGGAACUCUCAGGGCAUGUUCAUCUUGUUGUUAUGGGAACUCUCAGGGCAUGUUCAUCUUGUUGUUAUGGGAACUCUCAGGGCAUGUUCAUCUUGUUGUUAUGGGAACUCUCAGGGCAUGUUCAUCUUGUUAUGGGCUGGCUUGUUGUUAUGGGAACUCUCAGGGCAUGUUCAUCUUGCUGUUAUGGGAACUCUCAGGGCAUGUUCAUCUUGUUAUGGGCUGGCUUGUUGUUAUGGGAACUCUCAGGGCAUGUUCAUCUUGUUAUGGGAUGUCUUGUUGUUAUGGGAACUCUCAGGACAUGUUCAUCUUGUUAUGGGCUGUCUUGUUGUUAUGGGAACUCUCAGGGCAUGUUCAUCUUGUUGUUAUGGGAACUCUCAGGGCAUGUUCAUCUUGUUAUGGGCUGUCUUGUUGUUAUGGGAACUCUCAGGGCAGGUUCAUCUUGUUGUUAUGGGAACUCUCAGGGCAUGUUCAUCUUGUUGUUAUGGGCUGUCUUGUUGUUAUGGGAAC